UCAGUUACAAACAAAAACAGAAAAAUCGAUCAGUCGCCGCCGCCGAUCAGUCGUAAACAAAACCGCGAUCGGUCAGUGAAAGUUUUGCAAUCUUUCUCCAAAUUUCGUUAACUUUUCGGUUGUAUGGCGAUUCUAGAAGUUGAAACGCGAAACGCCAAAAUUCCUAUCCACAUCGCAAAACAGCGAUGAUCGGUCCGAUUCCGGAUUGAGGUUAACCCCCCGUAAAAUGGAGUCGAGUAACGGUAGCGAGAAAGCCGAACUAAACAACCUGGUGAAAAACAUUGUCAAAAUAUUGCUGUCCACUUCGAAGUACUUUCACUGUCCGUUCUGCGCAGACGAGUAUCUGUUCGAGUUCACCCUUCGGCACCACCUGCUGAAGAACCAUGAGGAUGACCUUUCGAAGAUCGUCCAGUCGCCGGAUUCCAGUAUUAAGUUCUGUGAUAGCAACAUCUGUCCUUACUGUGGGGCCUUAUUCUACUACAUAUCGGCGCUUCCGAAGCACAUCAUGAACAGCCACAGCCGGGACUGCCUGAUCAAGUGGCAGGCGAUCGAACGGGACAACAGUCUGCUAAGGAAGCGGUUCGCCACCGAACCGAGUAUCCGGUGUGUACCCUGUUCGCCGGGAUUGAGCGACCUGUUCGAGGAACUGAACACCGAUUCCAGCCGGAAGAAGCAUCGAAGUCACCGCCGAAAGGCUUCCCCACUUUACAAGUCGGCGCUCAAGAACGCCAACCGAAUCUCCGCUUCCAAACGAAUUUCCGGCGAAUCCUGGGUCAGUUGCGAUUUCGAAUUUACUUCCGGCGAUGCGGUCGCCCUUGGCGGUGGCGGCUCUACACGUCGUUCCAGCGUCCGGAGAGAACUGCAGUUCGAUGCAGUCGCAUCGGAACCCACUUCGCCCCAGGACCAGCAGCCGGACGGUGUUUCCUCCGUGAAAAAAUCGUCGAAACGCGCCCGGAAGCGGUUCAAUCUGAAAUCGCUCAAACCCCGGAUCGGUCUGCGGAAGUAUGUUCUGUCCAAAUUCACCAAAAAGUAUCGCUGUAAGAUUGUGACCAGCACGCCGAACAACUUCCUGGACGACGACGAAGAUUGCGACGUCGGGCUGCACCACGAUUCCCGGCGGCACAACCAGGAACGCUGGAACAAGCUACAUCUCGAUUGACUGAUGGACGGGUGGGUGGAGGAAGGUGAGUACCUGCGUUGUUGCUUUCACUCCCCAAAGUUUGGUAUUCUACAGUAGGAAUACACGCGUAUCUUCUCAUUGUUUUACGGUAUUUACGAAUCAAAAGUUAUUUAAAACGAAUUUUAUAGUAUUUUGACAGUAUGCUUUAAUGUAAUCUCCUUGCCUAACUGAAUUUUAUAUAAGAAGGCAUUAUUUGUAACUCGCAUUUUUUGGAUGGGAUUAGUUAUAUAUAACAUGGUAAGAUAAUAUAUGUGUCGAUUUUGAGCAAAA